AUGGAAGAAAUUGAAUUGAGUAAUGAUGAAUUAAGGAAUACAACAUGUAAGUUAGAUGGCGAUCCUAAGGUAGGUUCGUUCUGUAAUAAAAAUGGUUUACUUAUAAAAACAUAUGGGUGGCUAGUUCAAAAUGCUAUAGGAAUUAUAUUAUUAAUACAUGGAUUCAAAUCUCAUGCUCGAUUAACUUAUAUGAAAAUGAAUAUAAAAAUGCCAAAUGGAAGUGAAGACGUAGUAGUAGACAAUGAUAAUUACUAUAUUUAUAAAGAUAGUUGGAUUGAAAAAUUUAAUCAACAUGGCUAUUCAGUAUAUACACUAGAUUUGCAAGGACAUGGCGAAUCCCAAUCAUUGGGAAAUUUAAGAGGUGAUAUUAAUUGCUUUGAUGAUCUAGUUGGUGAUGUAAUACAAUAUAUGAAUCAGAUUUACGAUGAAAUCUCAAACGAUAUCCAAAUGGAUUAUGAAAUCCCAAAUGAUAACCAAACGAAUGAUGAAAUUCCAAACGAUAACCAAACGAAUGAUGAAAUCUCAAACGAUAUCCAAACGAAUGAUGAAAUUCCAAACGAUAACCAAACGGAUGAUGAAUCUCAUGAUAUAGUAACAACUAAAAAAAAAAGGCUUCCUAUGUAUAUUAUUGGGCAUUCGAUGGGAGGAAAUAUUGCUUUAAGAAUAUUACAAUUAUUAGGGAAAGAAAAAGAAAAUACCAUUAAUGCUGAAAACGAAAAUGACUAUAAAAAUUUAAACAUUAUAUUAGACAAUUAUGUUGAUAUUAAUGGAAUUGGCAAUGAUAUGGAAGAAUAUAUGAUUAAUAGUGUGUAUGAUAUAAAUAAUUCUAAUGAUUUUUCUAUAGAAAAUAUGAAUAAUGCGCAUUUCAUUGCCAAUUCUAAUGAUUGUGAUUCAGAAGAUUCCUGUUUUAGUGCCCCUGAUACAACAAAUGCUAUUAUUAAUGAUAAAUAUGAAGGGCAUUAUAAUUAUUUAGAUAAAUUAAAUAUUAAAGGUUGUGCAUCUUUAUCUGGUAUGAUGAGAUUACAAGCGCCAUUGGAUGGUGGAAACAAAUCAUUUAAGUAUUUAUAUUUACCUAUAUUAAAAUUCCUGUCUCUUGUCGCUCCUCAUGCACUAAUUUCGUCAGAACCGGGUUAUAAAAGGUCCGAAUAUGUUACUAAUAUAUGUAAGUACGAUAAAUUUCUAAAUAGAAAUGGAGUAAAAUUUAAAUGUAUAUCUGAACUUGUAAAAGCAACUAUCAUAUUGAAUCGUAAUAUUAAUUAUUUACCAAAAAAUAUUCCUUUAUUAUUUGUGCAUUCAAUAGAUGAUUGCGUUUGCAAUUAUAAAGGGUCAGCUAUGUUUUAUGAUAAAGCAAAGGUUUAUAGAAAAGAAUUAUACAGUGUUGAAGAUAUGAAUCAUGCUAUAACGAUAGAGCCAGGAAAUGAAGAAAUUUUAAAUGUAAUUAUUGAUUGGAUUCAUGAUUUAGAAAGGAAUGAUGGGGAAGAAAUAGAAAAUGAAAUAAGAGAUAAAAUAGAAAAUGAAAUAAGAGAUGAAAUAGAAAACGAAAAAGAAAAUGAAAAAGAAAUGGAUAUUGGUGAUAGUAUGAAUGAUGAUAUAGCAGAGGAGCCAGAAGAUGAACACUUUUAUAAAAAAUUUAUCGGUUGGAUUCGUAAUUUAAUAAGGGAUAAUGACGAUGAAAUAAAAGAUGAAGUAAAAGAUGAAAUAAAAGAUGAAAUAGAAAAUGUACGUUAA